AUGUUGUUGCUCAAGACCUUGGAGUAUUUGUUUUAUCUGGCCUGGUUCUGUUUCCUAUGCAAAUAUGCCGAAGCCGCAAGCGUACAGCCCACAGCAGCGGCGCCCCAACUGCAAAUGGAGUCGCUGCCAUCAACCCAAAAGCAUCCAACGAUGAGUCUAAAUGAGUGUGAGACAACCACAUUCAGUUGGAUGUGCCUGAAAAUCGAGUUUGUGAAGAUCAUGGAACGUCUGGCCGAGCAGCAGGAGCUGAAACUUCUGCCGGGCGUGAGUGUGGUCAAGGAUGAGAAUGCCACAGAGCUAAAAACUUCCGAACUAAUGGCUGAGGUUGCACGCAGCUAUCCCAGCGAUCCGCAUACGCGUCUCAAUGGUUAUAUUAUGGCCAAGUUGGAGAAUCUGUUGAAGACGCGCGUGCUGCGCUUUCGUCUGCUGGACGAGACGAGUCUCGAGGAGGGACGCAAGCACAAGUUUGGCAAGAAGGGCGGCAUGGAGGCGCUACUGGCAGUUGGCCUCAUGAUGAAGGGCAUGAUGAUGGCACUGGGCAUGGGCGCGAUUGCCAUGAUGGCCGGCAAGGCGUUGAUGACGGCGCUGAUGGCGCUAACGCUCAGCGGUGUGCUUGGCCUGAAGAGCUUGGCCGGCGGCGGCAAGUCCACAACCUAUGAGAUUGUGGCCAAGCCCGUCUACACGUCCAGCCACUCGCAUUCGGUUAGCCACGAGGAUGGGCAUGCCCACAGUCCACACUUUGCGGCCGCAGCUGGCGGCAGCGGCAGCGGCUAUGGCUAUGGCGGCUAUGCGCGUUCGCUCCACCUGCAGCAGCCCAGCCAGCUGCAGGCGUUGUGA